AUGGCGGCGGCGACGAUGACGGUGGAGGAGGUGAGGAAGGCGCAGCGGGCGGAGGGGCCGGCAACGGUGCUGGCGAUCGGCACGGCGACGCCGGCGAACUGCGUGUACCAGGCCGACUACCCGGACUACUACUUCAAGAUCACCAAGAGCGAUCACAUGGCCGACCUCAAGGACAAGUUCAAGCGGAUGUGUGACAAGUCCCAGAUCAGGAAGAGGUACAUGCACCUCACGGAGGAGAUCCUGCGGGACAACCCCAACAUGUGCGCCUACAUGGCGCCAUCCCUGGACGCGCGCCAGGACAUCGUCGUCGUCGAGGUCCCCAAGCUCGGGAAGGCGGCGGCGCAGAAGGCCAUCAAGGAGUGGGGCCAGCCGCGCUCUAAGAUCACCCACCUUGUCUUCUGCACCACCUCCGGCGUCGACAUGCCGGGGGCCGACUACCAGCUCACCAAGAUGCUCGGCCUGCGCCCCUCCGUGAAGCGCCUCAUGAUGUACCAGCAGGGCUGCUUCGCCGGCGGCACCGUGCUUCGCCUGGCCAAGGACCUCGCUGAGAACAACCGCGGCGCGCGCGUGCUCGUGGUCUGCUCGGAGAUCACCGCGGUGACCUUCCGCGGACCGCAUGAGUCCCACCUCGACUCGCUAGUAGGUCAGGCGCUCUUCGGCGACGGUGCGGCCGCGGUAAUCAUCGGCGCAGACCCGGACGAGUCCAUCGAGCGCCCCCUGUUCCAGCUGGUGUCCGCGAGCCAGACCAUUCUGCCGGACUCAGAGGGCGCCAUCGACGGCCACCUCCGGGAGGUCGGCCUCACCUUCCACCUCCUCAAGGAUGUGCCCGGGCUCAUCUCCAAGAACAUCGAGCGCGCCCUGGAGGACGCCUUCAAGCCAUUGGGCAUCGAUGACUGGAACUCCGUAUUUUGGAUGGCGCACCCCGGCGGGCCGGCAAUCCUUGACAUGGUGGAGGCCAAGGUAAACCUGAACAAGGAACGGAUGCGCGCCACCAGGCAUGUCCUCUCCGAAUAUGGCAACAUGUCAAGUGCUUGCGUGCUCUUCAUCAUGGACGAAAUGCGCAAACGCUCCGCCGAGGAUGGCCACACCACAACCGGCGAGGGAAUGGAUUGGGGCGUUCUCUUCGGCUUCGGCCCCGGCCUCACUGUGGAGACUGUCGUCCUCCAUAGCAUCCCUAUCACUGAAUCAAACAUUCAUCCAAAUUGA